AUGUUCCAGUUUCAGACAUCUCCUCAUGCAGCAGCGCAUGCUGCAGCUUCAGCUGUUCGGCACAGCCCUCCUGUGCCUCCCCCCGGUCGUGGUGUCGUCGCGUCACUGCCUGCCGUUCGCCUUGGCGAAGCGUCGCCGCCUGCCUCUGCCCGGCUGUUGACGACAACACCUCCACCAACCUCUGCGCGCAGUUUCAAUGUCCGCAGCGUGCCCUCCGGCUUGCAUCUUGCCCAGCCUGCUUGGCAGCACACGCACUCGGAGCCGGCGAACUCAGCCGGCUUCGAUAUGCGGGCGCUGCGGCCUGCAACACUGCCUUCGCCGCCUGUGCUGCAGCGGGCCACCGGCCAAGUCGCUGUUGUCAUCGCUCCGACGGAGCGCACAGUCGCCCGAACCGGAGUGAGCGGUGUGAGCCAGCCAGCAGGGCGUCCGAAGGAUGCAGAAGCAGCCGCCGUUGUGGAGAGGAUUGUGGUGCAGACCCCGACCACAUGUGCGCAAGACGGUUCGCCGGGCUCGAAGGUGUCAGCAGCCCCCCGGUCGCCAAGUUCAUCGCCGCAGGCAUCAACCAGAGCCGUGGCUCCAGGGUCACCCACCUCACAGCUGGGCAGGGCAAUUCUCGCACCGCCCUCGCCCAGAGUUACUGAGUGUGAGCUGGAGCUACGCCUGUCCCAGGUGGCGGCUGCGCUCCUCCCGCCCGUUGCUCAAGUCGGCAUCGGCGAUCGGACUGGCGGUGCAGGGGCGACUGAAGAGUUGGCACCAGCACCAGAAGAAGUCCCUCCCUGGAAACCCUGCCAAUCCACUUCGUCCAUAGCGAUUGAUGUGACCACGAGCGGUCAGGAAAUUGGAUGGACCCCGUCGUUUACGACCUUGGCACACCUGAGGCCCGAGGAUGCCGAUCUCCCAGCUCCAACGAGUCCAGAGGUCCAAGAGUCCAAGGCUUCGACUAUUGGAAUUCUCAACCUAUCGCAGCAGGGAGUUGGCAGGAGCAGUGUUUUUUUAGUAUAA